CGGACGGGCCCUGUGAGCGGGAUCCCGUGACACAGGAACUUGUCUCCCCAGUUCCCAGGAAUCCCCUCGUGGGGGAAGGCGGGGCCCGGACGCCUGGGUUCGCGGGGAUCCCCCUUCUGAGCAGGAGGCAGGGCCAGGAGAGGACCACUCUGCCGCCCCAGCUGGAAACAUCGGCUUCGUGGGCGCAGACUGCCAUGAACUGCCGCGCCGAGGUGCUGGAGGUCUCGGUGGAGGGCCGCCAGAUCGAGGAGGCCAUGCUUGCCGUGCUCCACACCAUACUCCUCCACCGCAGCACCGGCAAGUUCCACUACAAGAAGGAGGGGACCUACUCCAUCGGGACAGUGGGGACGCAGGACAUCGAUUGCGACUUCAUUGACUUCACCUACGCCAGGGUCUCCUCCGAGGAGCUGGACCGAGCGCUGAGAAAGGCCGUCGGGGAAUUCAAGGACGCCCUCCGAUACUCAGGCAGCGACGGCAUCGGGCAGAUCUCCCUGGAGUUCUACCAGAAGAAGAAGUCGCGCUGGCCCUUCUCGGAUGAGUGCAUCCCCUGGGAGGUGUGGACCAUCAAGGUCAACGUGGUGAACCUGGCCAACGAGCAGGAGCGGCAGAUCUGCCGGGAGAAGGUGGGAGAGAAACUGUGCGAGAAGAUUAUCAACAUCGUGGAGGUGAUGAACAGGCACGAGUACCUGCCCAAAAUGCCCACGCAGUCGGAGGUGGACAACGUCUUCGACACGGGCCUGAAGGACGUGCAGCCCUACCUCUACAAGAUCUCCUACCAGAUCACCGACUCCCUCGGCUCCUCCGUCACCACCACCAUGCGGCGGCUCAUCAAAGACACGCUGGCUCUGUAGGGCCAGGCCCCUGGGGCCAGGGGGUUUCCCCUUUCUGCUCCCCAUGACACAGGAUGACCCAGGGUGUCCCGGCAAGUAGAAUCGCCCCCGAGCACGGUCCCAGCGGGUGUUUGCCCGGGCAGGCCUCUCUGCUUAGACCCGCCCUGUUGUCUGUACGUUUCAGAUGGAAGCGUUCUGCAGGCUGCACUUGGGCCGGCCCUUAAUUGUGACUCUCCCUACGUGGGGGUCACGUGGGGCUGCGAUCAGAAAUGUCAGCAAACUGCUCCUAGUGCCACGUGGCCUGUAUUACAGCUGGCCUGUCGGCUCCCCUGCCCCGGUCUCCCUUUCCUCCCUCAGGUCCCUCCUGAAGCCCCGGUUCCCUUACGGAACCUCAUCCCUGCACUGCCUGGCACUGGGGCUGCUGCUGCUGCCUUGUUUCAUCGGAGUGGGAUUGUGAAUUCCCGGACAGGGCCCCUCCUCUUUCUCCCCUUGACUGUUUGGGGAGGGGCUUUGCACAGGCUCUAACAAUACCGUGGUCAGGGAUUGUAUUUCUCUGUCUUUAACACUAUCUUGUUGUAACAGUGGGGAAAGAAUUGUCUGCAACAGAGCAGCUGUGACCCCCCCCCCCCCCAAGCCGCAGUUAGAACAGCAGUCGGGAGUCUCUGUGGGUGCCCAUGAGGCAAGGCCCUUCUCUGCCUCUCUCUCCAUCUGGGAAAGGGGGAGAAUGCUGCGGGUGGUCGAAGAGCACACCAGGGUAAGCAGAGAGUCUUUGCUAAGCUUUAUAAAGCCCCUUCCCGGAAAUACUGGGGCGCAGCUGGGCACCUGCACAGCCACUAAACCCGUAUUCCCUAGUCAGUCACCUUAAACCAAGCCCACGUCUGACGUGCCGCAAAUGUGGCGAGAGUGGCCGCUGUAAGCGGAGCGGGCUGGGCUGGCAGGAGACGUGAGUGCCGCGAAAGAGCGGCGGUUGCUUACGAUUCCUGCAAGCUCCGUCUCAGCACAAUGUGCCGUCAGAGGGGCAGUAACUACGUGUACCUGGGCACACAGGAGCUAUUGCUUGUGUGUGUUGUCCAGUGACUUCACUGCGCUGCCAUCAGCAGUUCUUCCUGACUGCUAAAAGAACGCUAAGCAGCCAGGGGAUCUGUUUAAAGCCGGGGUGAGAUCUCCAGACCCUGUCUCAUCAACACUUACACCCCGUCCCCACUUCCUCCCUAAUGGAGACUGACGCCCAAGUGUUUGUUAGAGACACUGUGUUUAGAAACUGACCUGUCUGUAUUCUGUAGAUCUCAAGCUCUGGGUGUAAUGAAACUGGCCUGGGCCUUCUCUUUACUCGGGGUCUCGGAUUGUCGAGAGUGUCUCCCCCCUGCUCAGGUAGCGCCACCUCCAUCAGAGGUGGAGAUGAGCGUGUGGGUUUCUCUGAGUCUGCUAUAAACUGUUUUCACAUCAGA